AUGCUGUUUCCACGCUUGAUGCAGACCCGGGCGAAUCUUUCUUUACACACGGCAACACGAACUUCACGAUAUAUGUAAGUCCCCUUCUGCUUGAUCCAAAAAUAUAUCAAUUGACUUACUAACAUAUUUCAGACGCUCCAUCUCCUCGACGUCCUCCUUCAGAACCUCCCAGAAUGACGAACCCAGACUCAACAAGGUCUCGGCCACUAUCACCCAGCCGAAAUCACAAGGAGCUUCGCAAGCCAUGUUAUAUGCCACUGGCAUGACCGAAGAAGGAUUAAAUAAGGCGCAAGUAGGCAUAUCUUCCGUCUGGUAUACCGGAAACCCAUGCAACAUGCAUCUUUUGGACCUCAACCAUCGAGUCAAGGAAGGUGUGGAAAAAGCGGGGCUGAUUGGAUAUCAAUUCAAUACGAUUGGUGUAUCCGAUGGGAUGUCGAUGGGGACCAAGGGAAUGCGAUAUAGUCUACAAUCCAGAGACUUGAUUGCCGAUAGCAUCGAGACGGUCAUGGGAGGUCAGUGGUAUGAUGCCAACAUCUCCAUCCCAGGAUGCGACAAGAACAUGCCCGGUGUGUUGAUUGCUAUGGGCCGUGUUAACCGACCUUCGCUUAUGGUUUACGGGGGAAGUAUCAAACCAGGAUGCUCAAAAACCCAGGGAAAUGCCGAUAUUGAUAUCGUCUCGGCUUUCCAGGCCUAUGGUCAAUUCAUCACGGGAGAAAUCUCAGAAGAGACUCGUUUCGACGUAAUCCGUCACGCUUGCCCAGGCGAGGGGGCUUGUGGUGGUAUGUAUACCGCAAACACUAUGGCCACAGCGAUAGAAGUAAUAGGAAUGAGUCUUCCUGGAUCCUCAUCAAACCCUGCUCAAUCAAAAGCAAAAUACCUCGAGUGUCUUGCCGCUGGCGGAGCUAUCAAAAAACUCUUGCAAGAGGAUAUUCGACCUCGUGAUAUUAUGACUCGACAGGCUUUUGAAAAUGCCAUGAUCGUCGUCAAUAUCACCGGAGGUUCUACCAAUGCCGUACUUCAUCUGAUUGCCAUGGCUGAUGCCGUCGGUAUCAAACUUACUGUUGAUGACUUCCAGGCCGUCUCUGAUCGUACUCCAUUCCUCGCUGACCUCAAGCCAUCUGGCAAGUAUGUGAUGGCGGAUCUCUUCAACAUUGGAGGUACACCUUCUCUUCUCAAGUUCCUUUUGAAAGAGGGGGUGAUUGAUGGUUCAGGAAUGACUGUCACUGGUCAGACUCUGGCCAAGAAUCUAGAAACCGUCCCAGAUUUCCCCUCAGACCAAACCAUCAUUCGACCAUUUUCCAAUCCAAUCAAAGAAACUGGACACAUUCAAAUCCUCCGUGGUUCCCUGGCCCCAGGUGGUUCUGUUGGGAAGAUCACAGGAAAGGAGGGUCUUCGCUUUGUAGGAAAAGCAAAAUGUUACGAUGACGAGGACCACUUCAUUGUGGCUCUUGAGAAAGGUGAAAUCAAGAAGGGCGAGAAGACCGUCGUUGUCAUCCGAUACGAAGGACCAAAGGGUGGACCAGGCAUGCCAGAAAUGUUGAAGCCAUCUUCAGCAAUUAUGGGAGCUGGUCUCGGUCAAGAUGUUGCAUUGAUCACUGAUGGUCGUUUCUCUGGUGGAUCUCACGGUUUUCUAAUUGGUCACAUUGUUCCUGAAGCUCAAGUUGGAGGUCCAAUUGGGUUAGUCAGAGAUGGUGAUACCAUUGUCAUUGAUGCCGAAAGCCGAGUAUUGGAUCUUGAGGUUGAGGGUGGAGAGCCAGAAUUAGAGAGACGGAGGAAGGAAUUUGUGGCUCCUGAGCUAAAAUAUAAGAAGGGUACAUUGGCCAAAUACGGAAGAUUGGUAAGUGAUGCUAGUCACGGAUGUAUUACUGACGGAGUCAUCGAUUGA